CGUUGAAAGUAGGUCAGCAACCAGCAGCCAGCUGCAAUCUGCCAUGGAUGAACCACUUCUUGGCGCAAGUGCAAUUGAAAAGCCUGCAGAGUUCAGGGGUCGACCGCAGAAAGAAUCCGUGGACAGCUCGGAGGAGUGUGAGUUGAAUUCCUUCGAAGCCUUCCGAAGGUACUGCAUCAAUGCAAACAUUGCGUUGGUGAGACCAGAGUUCUUGGAAAAGCUCUGCCAAGAGGGGCGGGUCUGGCCUCGGCGGCAAGAGGCCGAGCAAAUCCCAGGAGCUUUGUACAAGCCGGGGCCCGAUGACGAGUUCUCCUUCAUCGGCAUUUCGCACUGCUGGGAGUCUCGGGAACAUCCCGACCCUUUCGGGUACCAGCUCAAAACCAUAGUGGACGCAUGGCACUACUGGCAAGAGGUCGACCCCGAAGUGUACGGAGAUGACACCACCUACUUCUUCAUUGAUUACAUGAGCCUGCCGCAGUUCAAAAGAAGUGCAGAAGAGCAGACGUGCUUCCAACGCGCGAUGAAGAAUAUGCACCUGUUCUAUGC